AUGACUGAGCGACCGGUGAUCGUUUUCACGCGCUUGGCCAAGGCCAUCGCAGCAUACGAAGGCGUACCCGGGCCGGAUCGAGAGCUGUCCUUCGAGCGGAAUGACGUGUUGGAGAUCAGUGUUACGACGGAGGGAUGGUGGGUGGCAAUGAAAGCGAACGGGGAGACGGGGAUUGUGCCUUCGAAUUUCUUCGAGUUGUUGCCGGAGCAUGAGCGCGCUAUGAGCAGUCCAGCGCAACAGACGGAUUCGAUGGCCACAGGGAAGAGUCUUAGACCAGUGGUUUCGACACGUGAGAUGAACAUCGCCAUGAUCACUGAGAAGGCUAGGGUGAUUCUGAAGGGAGCGAAGGAGCAGUGGGUGCGCCUGCGCCGAUUGCUGGACUGCAAGACUCAGGAGGAUGUGCAGCCAUACGCGGGGACUUGA